AUAAUUAUAAUAUUUAAAAGCAUUUUAAAGUGAUUUUUUUUGUAAUAUAAUGUUUAAAAUUAUGUAUGACAUUCAGUUGAUUUUUCUGUCUAUGAUUAAUUCAUUUUGUAAUAAAAGCUUUAUAAGGAAUAUUAUAAAUGAUCAUAAUUAUAAUAUCCUAUACAUUAUGUGUGAUUUAUAAUGUGUUAUUCAAUUUGAUGACUAAUUAUAGUAUUAAUUCGAAAUUAAUGAGUUAAACGUUGAACAAAAUUUUGUUUGUAUGAUAUAUUUUAUGAAUUACCUAUGACGUAUAAUGAUAGAAGGUGUGUCAAGACGAGCCUUAGCAGGAUCAAGUGGUACAUACAACGUCCGAGCUACUGAGUUAGCUGUAGAUCGAGGACGUUUAAAGUCAAUUAAUGCUACAGUAGUCUUUUUAGAUGAUUCACAACACUGUUUUAAACUUGAUAAAAGAGCUAAAGGCCAAGCUUUAUUAGAAGCAGUGUUUCAACAUUUAGAGUUAAUAGAAAAAGAUUAUUUUGGCUUACAAUUUACAGAUAAUGGCCUUAUUCCUUCUGUAGCAAAUGCUGAUUUACUGAGAUGGCUCAAUCCAAACAAGAGUGUAAAAAAACAAAUGAGAGGUGGUCUUUUUUAUUUUCGAGUUAAAUUUUAUGUGUCUGAUCCAAGUAAACUUCAAGAAGAAUACACUAGAUAUCACUUGUAUUUACAACUACGCAAAGAUAUUUUACAAGGAAAACUUCUUGUUCCACCUAGUAUUGCAUGUUUACUUGCAAGCUACACAGUACAAUCUGAGUUGGGUGAUUAUCAUCCUGACGAACACAAACCAGGUUACAUAUCAGGCAUGAUUCUCGUACCUGGCCAAACUGAACAAAUGGAAAAGAAAAUUUCUGAAUUACAUAAAUUGCAUAAAGGUCAAUCUCCUGCUGAUGCCGAGUUCAAUUUCUUAGACCAUGGAAAAAAGCUAGAAAUGUAUGGUGUUGAUUUACACAAAGCAAAAGAUUCUAGUGAUAAGGAAUUAGAUAUUGGUGUUACCUGUAAUGGUUUAGUUGUGUUUCAAAAUAAUAUUCGUAUAAAUACUUUAUCAUGGGCAAAAAUUGUAAAAAUAUCUUUUAAGAGAAGACAUUUUUUUGUUCAACUACGAAGAGAAUUGUGUGAAAAUUAUGACACUGUUUUGGGAUUUAAUAUGAUGACUUAUCGAUCUUCGAAAAAUCUAUGGAAAACUUGUGUUGAAUAUCAUUCAUUUUUUCGCUUAAAUCAACCAAUAUGUCCUUCAAAUAAUCGUGGUAUCCGUAGAUUAUUACCUGGUUCCUUACAGUUUGGAUCGAGGUUUUCAUUCUCUGGAAGAACAGAAUUACAAACUAUAGAAGAUAGUAGAAUAUCACAAUCUCGUCCUCAUCGAACAUUCUUAAGAUUUAGUAGCAGAUGUACUUCUAAAAAUGCCAUUCAUAUAAAUAAUAAUACCGAAAACAAAACAUCUUCAAAAUCAAUUAUUAGAUCUUCAACUUUAAAAGGGACACAUGACAAUAAAGUGACAUCACUUGAUAAAGAUCCUAGACCUGCCUGGGGACCACCUUCUUUAGUUAUAUCAGACGAUGAAGGAGGGUUCAUGUCAUCUGUUAUUCACCCUAGCAGCAGUAGCAGUAUAAAUGGUUUAACUGUUAAUGGCCGUUCUUUAAUGAAUUAUGUUGAUGAUGACAUGUCAAGUAGCAUCUAUGAUAUUCCAGCUUAUGAUACAGAAUCAUCAUUGGAAGGUGAUAAUAAUGUUGUUUGUAUCCAUAUGUGUGCUGAUAAACAAGGUCGAUUUGGAUUUAAUGUUAGAGGAGGUUCUGAUUUAGGAAUGCCAAUUGUGGUAUCACGUGUAGUUCCUAAUACAUCAGCAUAUAGAGCUCAACCAAAACUUUGUGAAGGAGAUCAAGUUUUGAUGAUUAAUGGGCAAGAAGUUAGUGAUAUGGUGCACGAUGAUGUUGUUAAUUUAAUUAGAGCUGCUCGAGAUCUUGAACAUGGUGGAAAAUUGAUUUUAACUGUGCAACAAAAAAGUAAUGAAGAUUGUUUAAAAAAUAAAGAAGAAGAGCCCAUAUUCCAAUAUAUACCAGAUUCACCGGCAAAUAUCAUGUCAUCUGAUCCAUUGCUUCAAUCAAUUUUAUUGCUUGGUGAUGGAUUGGCUAGUGGAUCAUUAUUGACUCAGUUUGAACAAUUAUAUAGACAUAAACCAGGAGCUUCAAUGGAUUGCGCCAGAGCAACACCAAAUAUUCAUAAAAAUAGAUAUCGUGAUAUAGCACCAUAUGAUUGUACAAGAUAUAUUCUAAAAGAUGGACAAAAUGAUUACAUUAAUGCCAAUUAUAUUAAUAUGGAAAUUCCUGGGUCAGGGAUAAUUAACAGAUACAUUGCUACUCAAGGACCUCUUCCGACUACUAUUGGUGAUUUUUGGCAAAUGGUAUUAGAAUCACGGAGCAAUUUGAUUGUUAUGGUUACAGCUCUUGUUGAAAAAGGUCGACAAAAGUGUGCUAAAUAUUGGCCACCUGUUACUGAAACAUUAGAAGUAAAAUUGAACUUGAUAGUUAAAACAGUUUCUGAAGAAACAGAUACAUCAAAUAUUUUAGUAUAUCGUCAAUUAGAACUAACUGAUUUAACAAUUAAUGAAACGAGACCUGUUACACAAAUACAAUAUGGUUUGUGGCCUGAUCAUGGUGUACCAGAUGAUUCAGACCGUUUAUUAAAUUUAGUUGAAGCAGUCCGUAAAGAGCGUGCUGGAGUUGUGGAACCAAUAGUAGUUCAUUGUUCAGCUGGUAUCGGACGUACAGGAGUGAUUAUCUUAUUAGAAACUGCAUUGUGCUUACUAGAAGCUGGCCAGCCAGUUUAUCCUUUAGAAAUUGUUCGUCAAAUGCGUGAUCAAAGAGCUAUGAUGGUCCAGACCUCUAAUCAAUACAAGUUUGUGUGUAACUGUAUUCAUUAUGCGUUUACCCAAGGAGUUGUAAAACCAUUACCAGAAUACAGUCAGCAAUAGUGAUUUUUCAAUUUUUUGUAUAAGACAUUUUCAUUUCAAAAUAAAUUAUAUUAAAAAAAUACAAAAGAGUCUUAGUGAAAUUAUGUUAUAAUCUUAAUUGAUGUUUGUUAGUAUUUUAUGUUAUUAGUUUACAAUUGACUUUAACAAAUGUUAAAAAUAUUUUUACUUUAAUUAACAUUCUUUUAUAACAUUCAAAAUAUUAAUUCUCAUUAUUAUUUAAACAUUUUUUUAGUAUUAUUAUAGAGUUCUGUUUGGUAUUACCAUAAUUUUGAUAGUAAGUUUUUUUAAUAACAGUUUACUGUAUUCAUAUUUAUUAUUGUCCAUCUUGCAUAAAAUUAUUCAUUUAUCUGCGAUAUUCUCCAAAUAAUAUGUUUUAAAGUUAAGUAUUACCUU